GCGUAGUAAAGCACGAGGCUGUCUGGGCGGGCGUGGUUCGACUUUCGAAGCGACUUGGCCGGCCUCCUUUACUCUCUCGCUGGGAUUCUUUGCCUUCCUCAGGCUCUCUUAUCAUGGAUCUUUCUACCUCAGAGGCGUAGCGGCCAGUGAACAGUGAUCUCGAUCCAGGAUGUUAUGGCGGAAAAGACUAAAAUGAUGCCCUGAAGCUGCAGUGAAAGUUAGCGGCUAGGUAGCCUGUAGCCGGCGAGCUCAUGCUAAUGAAGUGUUUUGGUUUCAGUUCAGAAUAAUUGUUUCCUACCUCAUUUUUAUGAACUGAAAUCAUCUUUUUUUGUGUGUGUGCUGCUAUGGAACACUAGACGCUGACAUGAAGAGGGUGAUCAGUUUCCACAGAUUUAUGAACAGACGGCCCUCCGCUAACUGUCGCUACCAGCCCACCUGCUACGAGCACGCCGCUAACUGCUACACGCAUGCAUUCUUGAUCGCGCCCGCCCUGUUGGGGAUGGCCCUGCUGCACCGGCUGUCAGCCACCAACUGGCAGUGCGUGACGGCGUGGGUGUACGGCCUGGGCCUCAGCGCCCUGUUCCUCAUCUCCACCGUCUUCCAUGUUGUCACAUGGAAGAAGAGUCACAUGAGGGAGGUGGAGCACUGCUUCCACAUGUGCGACCGAGUUGUCAUCUACGUCUUCAUUGCUGCCUCCUACACGCCGUGGUUGAACCUCCGCGAGCUGGGCCCCGUGGCGUGUCACAUGCGUUGGUUUGUGUGGCUGAUGGCAGCCGGCGGAACGUUCUACGUGUUCAACUACCACGAAAAGUCAGAUGAAGCGCACUCUCCUCAAAACAACUUUGAUCAUUCGUCAUCAAUGACUUGUGAACAUUGCCUAUUGUGUUGUAGGUACAAAGUGGUGGAGCUGACCUUCUACCUGACUAUGGGCUUCCUCCCGGCGUCCGUCGUCACCUCCAUGAACACGACGGAGGGUUUCCCGGAGCUGGCGUGUGGCGGCGCCCUCUACUGCGUGGGUGUGUUUUUCUUCAAGAGCGACGGCGUCAUUCCGUUCGCCCACGCCAUCUGGCACAUCUUCGUGGCGAUGGCGGCCGGCGUGCACUACUACGCCAUCUGGAAGUACCUCUACACUCCGCUCGCCGGCGACGACCGCGACGCACUGGUUCAAUACUGAGCCGACGGCCCCUGCGACUGCCUCAAACGAGAAAAAAUGUUUACCGCUUUCUUACACGAUUGUUAUUAACGCCGACUUUUCUAUACACUCUGUCAUUCCGUGGCAAGGUGACCAAUCAUGCUGAGGAAAAACACCUACGUGGGACUUCACUAAGUUAGCGCACCUGAUAGCGGGUUGCGCUAACCUCUGGGCAAAGAAAAGAUCAUUCCGAGCUGUUUCUUUGUCUGGAUAUUUCAAAAUGGCCGUUCCACACCCUGGCAACCAAUCACCUGCUGUGAAAAACAAUGAACAAUUCCCACAUGGGAGCUUGGUUGGUUAUCACAUUGGGUUUAAAAAAAUAAAAAGCCUGUUAGUCAUUUCUUUGUCUGGAGAUUUCAAAAUGGCCACCAAUCAAACAUGAUCAAGAAAGGUUUGUUAGCACAGCACAGUUUGGGGAAAAAAAAAAUCAAUAUCUGAGCUGAUUGUUUUUCUAGAUAUCUCUAAAUGGCAGGUGACCAGUCAUACGUCCUUCCCCUGUGGCAGUUUGGCUUGUCGCUGGGCAGCAAAAAGAAGGCUGAACUCGUGAGGCUUUUGUUCGUCUGGAUGUUUCAAAAUGGCCAUUCUGCAUCACAGUGACCAAUCACUUGCUGGGAAAUGUUGCCUAGCACAUCACUUGGCAGGGUGUGCCAACCUUCUGAGCUGUGUUUAAAAAAAAAAAAAUAAAAAUUCCAAUGGCCAUUCCACUGCCCACAGAAAAAUGGACUUCCUGAGAGGACUUUGGGUUGAGGGGGGGGAGACUUUUUCUUGGGGGUGUGAGUUAAAUUUGAAGCGUUGGCGCCUCCUGUUGGUGUUUUCUGGCUUUUGGAAGAAUGAUAUCAGUGUUGAAUAUUUAAUUUAUUCCACAUCCUGCUCAUACACUGAAUUCUCCAUGUACUAGUGCACUCUUUAUGCUCACUGGUAAUGGAGUUUUGUGCACUGGUAGAACGUCAUGGUAUGUAAUUCUUACUGAUGAACUACUUUGCUACAAAAAGUUAAAAAGCCCUACGGGUCACACGCUAGCGCCUUCCUUAUCGAGGAUCUGGACUAGAUACUCAAACAGCUCAUUAAU